AUGCAUUUCUCUUAUAUUAUUGCCGGCGCGGUAUUGGUGCUGUUAUGUGCACGAAUUCGUCGAUAUUUGGAGAUUCGAGCUUUUAAAAAAGCCAAUCACUGCAAGCCACCAGUCCGCAGUCCCCAGAGUGAACGAAUUAUUGGUUGGCGAGCGUACAAGUUGAUGAAAAAAGCUCGAGAUGACCAUGUCGCUCUGCCAGAAUCUUUCAACAGAGCCAUGAAAUUUGGCCGCACUCACACUAUUAUUAUCCUGGGACAUGAAGUCAUUACAACAUGCGAUCCAGAGUGCAUUAAAACUAUUCUUGCAACCAAAUUCACCGACUUUGGUAUUGGUCCCAGAGAAUCCGCAUGGGGACCUCUAUUGGGCAGGGGAAUCUUCACCACGGAUGGCCCAUCAUGGCAGCAUUCUAGAGCUUUGAUUCGUCCUGGUUUCACACGUUCACAGGUUUCCGACUUGGAAACAUUUGAAACGCAUGUACAAGCUUUAAUUUCAUGCCUUCCCACCGAAGAUGGCGUGACAGUUGAUUUGCAGCCCUUGUUCUUCAAUCUUACCAUCGACAGUGCUACGGACUUCUUACUUGGGCACUCAGUGCACACUCAAGGAAGCGCACCUGGGACAGCCUCGCAGGAGUUCUCCGAAGGGUUCGACUACGCAGCAUCAUUUCUUCACAAACGUGAGGAAGUGGGCAAGCUUGCAUUCCUUGUUGGUGGACGUAAAUUCAAAGAGGCAUGUGCCAACGUUCAUAAAUUCACUGAUGGAUACAUCCAUGAAGCUCUUCGUGGUGGCAACAAAGUUGGUAGAUACAACUUGCUCGCGGAGUUGGCAGAACAAUCCAACGAUCCUAUUCAAAUCAGAAAUGAGUUGUUGAACAUUCUACUUGCAGCAAGAGAUACAACUGCCGGCUUGCUUAGCAGUGUUUUCUAUCUCUUGUCUCGUAACCCUGAAAAGUGGGACAAGCUAAACCAAGAGAUUGAAGCAAUGGCGGGUGGUCAAAUCCCCGACUAUAAGGUUCUGAAGGAGAUGCCGUACUUGAAGGCUGUCCUCAAUGAGACUCUUCGCCUCUUUCCUCCGGUACCAAUCAAUGCACGCUAUGCACUAAAGGAUACUACACUUCCACGUGGUGGAGGCCCAGAUGGGCUAUCCCCCAUGUUCGUUCCCAAAGGAGCCCGUAUGUUCUACUCUGUCUGGGCUUUGCACCGUCUCCCAGAAACCUGGGGCAAUGACGCAGAGGCUUUCCGUCCUGAGCGCUGGUUGGAUGAGAAGAACCCUCUACGACCUGGAUGGGGCUAUCUGCCCUUCAAUGGAGGGCCCAGAUUGUGCUUGGGGCAGCAAAGUGCCCUGGUUGAGACUAGCUACCUCGUGGCUCGGAUGUUACAAACUUUUGGGCGUAUUGAGCCUAGAGAUCCUUUGCCCUGGAAGGAGCAUUUGGCUGUUACCAUGAGCUGCCAGAGCGGCUGUAAGAUUGCGUUGUGGAAAAAGAAAGAUUAG